GAGAGGCAGAUGAAGCAGAAAGGUCCUUUCCAAGAGCUCCCUCGCUGUGCUCACCCCCAGCAGCUCCCUGGCAUGCCAGGCCCCCCCAUUAUCCCCCUUUGUCCCCUCUGCCAAGGGGUUUGCUGGAAAACCAAAAUCCCGGGCUGAGGCUGUGGGGUGCAGCUGCUCUGUCUUCGCAGCUUUUGUCUUCGGCUGCGCCUUGUUUUAAUUUUAAAAAUAGAGCUUUGGGCCUUUUCGAAGGCUUCUCCUGGAGGAGCAGCACGUGGCCCUGGCCUCACAGCAGCCGUGUUCCUGGGAGCGGUGGGGACGGUGGAAUUGCCAACAGCCUUUUCCAAGCAGGGAGAUCCCAAACCAGAGUUCCCAAAUCAGCACCCUCACCCCCCCUCUGAGGGAUCUGAGCUCGGAGAAGGAACACUGAGGGUGUCUGAGUUAAGGUACCUGGGCUGGCUGUGGGAGUGCGGGGGGCUGAGUGCCCCAUUACGGGGUUUUCCUCAGCAAGGCGGGCUCCCCUCUCUCCAGAUGAGCAAUUUUAGGGAAUAUUGUGUGUUUGGAAUGUGGGUUUGGUGUCCCCAAAAUAUCAGGCUUUGCCUGAAGGGAAGAGGGGGGCAAGGGGUACAUGGGGGCUGUUUCCAUCCUAUCGGCACCAACCAAAACUGGUGGCUGGAGCUGGUGACUUUCCAGCUGGAAAAUUAUCCAUCCAUGGAUUAUUUUGGGUGCUCCAGGCUGUUCCCCAGCCCCCUGUCUCCCCAAAACCUGAUGCUCGAUGUGAGACCCUCCCAAAAUCCCGGACGGGCUUUGGAUGGACCCAAAGAGCCCCUAAAUCCAGGCGCUCCUGGUUUGUGGGACACAGCUGGGAUGGGAAGGGACAAUGGGCGCUUCCAAGGGCUGUUCCUGUUCAUAAGGCCACGUUGUCACUGCAAGCCCUGCUGCUCGGCUCUUUUGCUUUACAAAUAGCUGGAGAGUUCAUGGAAAUCUGGGAUUGCUUUCCAGGAGGAAAUCUGGCCUGAGAUCUGGGGAUGUAGGAACCACAUCGCCCUUUUUGCCUUUUUUAUUUUUUUUACUCCUUUUAAACUGAGCAACAGCUCAGCUCCAGUAAGGAGCCCAAAGCUCCCUAAGGCACGGAGAACUCCAGCACAGCCAAAGGCUUUUGCUGGCCCUGAAAGGCAAGGCUGGGAACUGCAAGGGGAAGGAAAACGCAAGGAGAACACCCACCACGGCGCAUUGGCUGGUUUAUUCCCGGGAUGGAUUCUGAAGGCAGCCUGAAAGGUGGCGACAGGGCUCUGGAAAGGAGUGUGAUCCACAGGGCAUGCAGUGAUGGAAGCCUCUCCCGGGGACACUGACCCUAAAUCCCAGUGGGAAUAACUCUCAGUCCCUGUUUUGUGGGUGUUUCACCAAAAAGCUUAGAUUCCCGAGCUCGGCUUGUGGAUGCUGGCUUUGCAGCCGAGCCAAGCCCUCCCCGGGGCGUGUGGAUCUACGAAGCCUCGCCAAAGGUGGUAAAUCCCACCCCAGUAAUUCCAUCGGCUCCGGCUAAUGCUGUGGGGGAACAGCUCUGAAUCCCCACAGGGUUUAUGCACUGCUACUUGUUCCCCUUUUCCAGGUCACGGGGAGUGUUGAGCCCCUCAAGUGCCUGUAGCAUCCCUGGUAGAAGGAACACCCCUUCUUCCUUCUUUGGUUUUUAAUUUUUCCCUUUAUUUUACCCAGUUUUGGGGUCCCCUGAGUCCACCACCUACAGCUCUCCUAACCACGUUCCCCAGCCCCUUUGGGAUGGACAUCACGGUCUCCUAGCUCAUAUCCAAGCUUUUUUCAUCCUUUCUCCUUAUCCUGGACCCACCUCCUCUCCUGCUCUGGAGUCCCCUCUUGCCCUGAUGGGAUCCACCAUUUUUCCCUCCAUCCAACACUGGAUAUUGCCCCUGCUGCAACGAAAAAUUAAUCCUGGAGAGCAAAAGCCCCUCUAGGGGCUUAUUUGGGCCACAGAUGGGAAUUUUCCUGGUGGAUUUGGGACUCUCCUGAUGAGCAGCAUCUGGGGCGAGCAGGGCUUUGGCCUUGGGAUUGCUGGGGUUUUGCCUGGAUGCAGGAUGGGGAAAUGCUUUUAAAUCCCAAGUUUUUUAUCUCUGGGCAGCCAACAGGUUGUAAUAUUGCUUGGAAAAUCCAGGUCUUCCCUGAUCACCUGUAGACAGGGUGAGAUGAGCGUGAGUGGGGACUGGAGCAUGGAGAAGUCAAUGGAAAUCUCAGAUUUCCAGAGUUCUCGCACCGGCGGUGAUUGCAGUCUGGAUCAAGUUCCUUCGGCUCCACGGGUCUCGGACGCGGCCAGGAGGAAAAGCUGCCCUGGGAAAGAGGAGGAAAACCUGCUGCUGGUGGGAAAAACACCGGGGACUCUUCGGGGGCCGCGACAGCAUCCCUGAACCUGCUUUUAGGAAGGCAGAGAAGCGGAGCCACAGCAUCCCUGCGAUCGCACCAUGCCCCUCUCCCGCCACACCGGCCAAAUCCCGGAGUCCACCUGGACCUUGGGCUUCAGGGAGAUGACGGAGCCCUGGAAAGGCGCCGUGGGCUGCCUCGGCGUGGCCGUCUUCUUCGCCAUGACCAUCGGCAUCAUCUCGUGGCAGGCAGUGGAGCAGUCCCCGGAGGAGUGGGUGCUGCGGGGCCGGGAUGCAGGGAUGCUGUGGGAGCGCGGCCGCGGGGCGCUGCUGCUGCGGGCGCUGCCGGCCGGCCGGCCCGUGCUGGCCAUCGCCGUGGGCAGCGUGCCGGCCACCGAGCCCCCGCCGCCCCGGGACCGCUGCUGGCACGACGGCGGCCAGUUCUGCUAUUCCUGGGAGGAGGACGCCGAGCUCCGGCUCUCCCUGGAGCCGCCGGCAGCCCCCGGCACCGAGUGCUACGGCGUCCGCUGGACCCCGCUGCGCCCCGACUUGACCCUGAAGGAUUGUUUUUCCAUGGCCAAUGUCUCCUGGUAUGGAGGGCCAAGCAUCCGUGCCCAGCGCUGGCCCCUCAACGACGCCGAGAGCCCCGCACAGCCCUUGGUCAGCGGCAACCUUGGCACAAACCCCGAGGGCUUCGGGCCUGUCCUGGAGAGGUACUUCCUGGGAUCCACAGGAGUGACGGUGACGGUGGCUCCCGACGUGCCCCUGCUCCUGUCUGUGGAGAGCCACAGGCAGUUCUGCCUGGAGACGCCGGCGGGCCGCGCGGAGCCCCUGCACUACCAGCUCUGCGUCAGCGCCGACAUGGCGGCCGCCCGCCGGCACGCGGCCAGCGCUCCGGCAGGAGCGGCUCGGACACUGCCGGACACCGCGCUCCUGCCGUCUCCGAUCUGGCGGUACCACGGCCCGGAGGGUUCCGCCGCCAAAAUCAAGCGAGGCCUGAGAUCGCUGGUGAGGAGGCUGAAGCGGCAUCGCCUUCAGGAGGGCGUCGUGGCCCUGGGGGAACGCGGCACCGCCGUCCUCGCCGCCGCGGACCUUGUGCCCUCGGAGCGCAGGAAGCGGCAGGCCCCGGCGCUGGUGGAGCCCCUGGAGCUCUCCAUCACGCUGUCCCCGUACGCUGGCGUCACCUCCCCGCUCUUCCUGCGCUCCCUGCGCGGCGGCGAGGCCGCGGGAUACUGGCUCAGCCGCCAGCCCCGACCCGGGGGCAGCUCGAUCCCACUGCUGACCACCUGGAAAGGGCAGCUCUGCGCCCGCCUGAACGUCACCAGCGAGGCGGCGCUGGGUUGGUACCUGGCUCGUGCCCGGCGCCUGCAGCAAGCGCUGGGGGCCACCUACGUGGCCUUCGAGGGAGUCGAGGGCAAUUCCUUCCUGGAGCAGGACGUCCCUGCUCCCGCCGAGCUGGCGGGUGACGGAUACACCGAGGUGCUGGCAGCAGCGCUGGCAACGCUGGGCAAUGGCACCAUCAGUGCCGGGACCAGAUCCAGUCACCUCCCACUGUUUGUCCAGAUGAGCCCGCUGCGCUCCGACUGGAGCCAUGCGGGGCUGAAGGGGCUCAUCCCCUCCGUGCUGCACUACAGCCUCCUGGGCUACAACUUCUUCAUCCCUGAUGCAGUAGGAGGGAGCGUGGCCGGAGCCACCCCGCAGGACCCGGAGCUAUUUGUGAGGUGGCUGCAGAUUGUGACAUUCCUGCCCGUGAUGGCCUUUGGGACCCCGCCCUGGCUCUGCUGUGAUGCCUGGGUCGUGAAUCUGACCCGCCAGUGCAUCCAGAGGCACCAGGACUUCGUUGUGCCGCUGCUCCUAAAAUACAGUGAGGAGUGGCAGAGUUUGGGAUACCCCAUCUUCCGGCCUGCCUGGUGGCUCAGCCCCAUGGAUCCAGUCGCCUUCACCAUAGAGGAUGAGUUUCUCAUUGGAGAUGAGGUCCUGGUUGCCCCAAUAACAGAAAAGGGACAAACAUGGAGGGAUAUCUACCUGCCGGGAGAGGGGCACCUCUGGCUGGACACCAACACUGCCCGAGUGUUUGAUGGAGGCACCACCCUCAGGAAUUACUCUGCCAGCCUGGCCGAGGUGCCAGUGUUUGUGAAGACCUCCUGAGCCCAGGCUGGGCAGCUUGCCACAGACACCUCCGGGGGCAGCGCUGCCCGCAGGCGCUCGCUCUCCCCCCUCAGACUUCCAGCCUCUUUGCACUUCUCCAAGACCCUUUUUUUUUUGUUUCAGUCUUUCUUGUUUUGUUUUUUUGGUGGGUUUUUUUGUUGUUGGUUUUUUUUUUUUUUUGUUCGUUUUGGGUUUUUUUAUUAUUUCAGCAGAAAUUGUCUGGAUUUCCCUACUCAUUGUUAUCCCAAAAUAGUGGCUCUGCCACCAACAUCCCUCCACACCGAAUGCUGCAUUUUUCCAGGGUUUCCCCGGUGAAAUGUUUGUGUGUGUGUGUGUGUGUGUGUUCAGGUGGGCACAUCCAGCAUUUCCAGGCCCCUGGCACCAUGCUCAGAGAGGCAGGGAGUGGAUUUCCCAGGAGACAAAUGAACACCAGCUUAUACCUGAGGGGAAGUUUUGUAUUUAAUGAAAAAAUUAAAUCCAGGGAAAAAUUACCAGGAUAGUUUUGGUGCUGUGUGUAGCCACCUCCUGUGCCGAGCAAUGCUUCUCCCACCUGAGGCUGUGAGUGGUUUCUAGGUAGCAAGAGCCCACAUUUGGAGUAUAUUUGAGAAAAGGAGUGAAUUCCAGGUGGAUUUGAAGCAGGUUUCUGUGGAAGAAAAAUAAACUUGAUCAAGCAGA